AUGACAUCAGCACCAACAUCUCCGAAACGCGCGGUGGACGCGUCCGCGAAGCCUCGGCCAAAGCUGCUAGCAGCUCUGCGCAAAACCGUGGACUCUUCAGAUAGCGAAGCCGGAUCUGAUAGUGACGCGUCUGCAUCUGAGAAUGAUACAGCACCCACAUUCAGCGCAAAGCCUUCAACAACAACACGUCGGGAGCCAGAGACAACGCAGGUUGACGAGGAAGACGAGAGCGAUGGAGAAGACGCAUACGAACUCAUGAAGAAGAGACUCGCUGCCAACAAGAGCUCAUCAACAGCACAAUCGGCCGCGCCGCAGCAAGCACAACAGGAAGCACCAAUUGUUUCCACCAUCGAAAGUAGCGAAGAUGAGGACGCAAUGCCUGUACGAGCCACCAUCCGCAGACCAGCCACCACCCGGACGAAGACUGCAAGCCCUCGAGCAUCCGCAUCGCCAAGCGUACGGUCACGACGGUCUUCUCCAGGCCUCUUUGUAACUCCAGGCCCAUCACCGGCUAAGAAGCCAUCGCGGCGAUCAGCGAAUGCCGGCUCAGACUCCGAAGAGUCUUCGCGACCCAUCCAUACUACCGACCUACAAGAGCGGGUACGACGCAUUCGAGAGGAAAGGUUGGCGAAACAGCGAGAGGAGGAAGCGCAGCAGGCACAAUCUAAGAAGCUCGCACGACGGCUAGCAGAUCAGGGCUCUGGCAGCGAGUCGGAUGGCGAGAGCGGCAGGCGGCUUACACAACAAGCGAAGCCAACCCGCAAAGCUGGAAAGAAGGCCCUGGAGGCAAUGGCUCGCGACCAGCAGCGCAUAAGCCGUAACAUGCAGCUUACCCACCAAGCCAAGACAAAGAAGCGCUUCACAACCCAGGAUCUGUUCAAGAAGUUCAACUACCAAGCGCCCAACGCCGAAGUCGUACCUCUCCCAACGCCAGAGGCCAGCUCGGCCCUUACAUCGUCUGAUGCAGAGGCAAACCAAAUACAGGACACGCCGCCGACGAGUCCCCAAAGACAAAAUGCUACGGAGGAAAAGGGUGCUUCCGUAGAUCAACAAACAUCUACCACGGCGCCCGAAAGCAACAUUCAGCCACCCGAGCCCGCGAGAGUGGACAAGGGCAAAGGGCGAGCACCCGAGUUCCAACACUUGCCGGUACAUCCUUGGAUGAAGCAGGCAGAUCCAGUCACUGUGCAUACAGCGGCAGUGGAAACCAAAAAGACCUCCGACAAUGAUAUGGUGGAACUUUCGGACUCGGACGAUGAUGCAAAGGUGGAACCGCCCAAGAGCCGAUUCCCCGUCUUUGACCGGUUACCCACAAAGAAGGAUAACGAGGCAGGGUCAUUCGUACAUCUACGUGCUCUCGCUCAGUUGACCAAGUCGCCACCAAAGGGCAAGAAGGGACAGAAGAUAGUGACUCGUGGUGAGAUGGAAUUCGCCCUAGCUCAGAAGGCUCGCCAACAGACUGCGAAAGCCAAAGAGGAGAGAAUAGCCGACUUGAUCAAGCGAGGUCACAACCCUGAGACUGAAGAGGAGAGGGAGAAGCGCCAAGAGGAGAUCGACGACAUGGUCGCAAUGCUCGAGAAGCAAAGGCAGGAGGACCUUGAACUAGCCAAGAUGGAGAGGAAGGAGGCGAAGAAAAACGGCGAGACCAUCGAUGACCUUCCCUCCAGCGAUGAUGAAGACGGCGACUAUGUCGGCAGCGGCGAGGAGGACGCCAACCAAGAAGAGGACGAUGAUCAAGAAGAAGCCGAGGUUGUUCUAUCAGGCUCAGAAGACGAGCAGAUGGAAGACGACGCUGAAGACAAUCCUCUCAUCGACGGAAUGGCUGACGAGGACGACGAGCCAGAGCAGACAGUGCAAGCCCAGAACGUCAACGAGGAUGUCGAUAUGGAAGACGAAGAUGCCGUCGCUCCUGUUCGAAGGCAAACUAUCAACCGUGCCCGCAACCGAGUCGUUGACGAUGACGACGAUGAUGAUGCAGAGGCUCCUAGGCCUGCCACACCCACUCAACCAGCAACUCAAACCGACACAAUGGCCGCCUUUGGGUUCGGCAACGCCAACACCGGCAUAGGCCUCACACAGAUGUUCGCAGGCACCAUGGCCGAGUUGGAGUCUGACUCCCAACCUGCUGCCGCCGUCAACACCGAACAAGACUCUCUAGAGUUCCUGCGAAACCUGCCCGAUACCCAACCCGCAGCAAACUUUAGCCAGGCUUCGGAGUUUGUAGUCCCCAACAGCCAGACUUUCAUGUCGCCACAGAAGCAGACACAGACUGGCGACGAGUCUCAAUUCAGCAUGGGGAUCAGCCAAGUCGUCAGGACUUCCCCCAUGUUCUCGCGGACCCAGGUCGAGGACUUUGAACCAACACAGGAUGCAGGCUUCUCCUUCUCUCGGUCGCCAGCAGGCCUUGCCCCGCCACCAUCAACGACCGAUACCGUCAUGGUGCCCAUUGCCGAGUCGCCAAUCAAGCAGAAAGGCAAGCUUCAGCGUGGACGGCGAGAGGCUGCUGUUGAGCUCUCUGACGUUGAAGACGACUCGAUCGAUGCUGAGGAAGAGAGCGAGGACGACAUCCAACGCCCUCCUAAGCUCAGCAAAGAUGCUUUCAUGAAGUUGCAGCAAGCGGCUAAGAAGGCCAAGGCAGCUGAAGAAUUCGACAAGAAGAAGAGCAUGGCGAGAGAAGCCGUCAUGGAACAAGCCGAGGAGUCUGAGGACGAAUACGCCGGGCUUGGAGGAGCUAGUGAUGAUGAGGAAGGCGAGGAAGACGAAGAUCUCAAGGACAUGAUCGACCACAACGACGUUAAAGUCAACGAGCGCCAGAUUGCUGCUUUCUACGCUGACAAGACCAAGAAGGAUGACGAAAAGCAUCUCGCCGAGCUCUACAAGAAGAUGCAAAGGAAGGGUGGCCUUCGCAGAGGUGGUGGCGGCUAUGACGGCUUCGACAUGUCUGACUCUGAAGACGAGGCCGAGUUGCGCCAGCGCAAGAAGCGCGCUGCAUUCCAGAAGCAAACCAACGCUUUGUUGCAGGACCAGAAGGUCAAGGCACUCGCCGACGACGAAAAGAAGAAGGCGUUCUUCAAGACACUGGCCGACUUCGACGACGAAGGCGAGUACGACUAUCUCAACAUGCCUGAGAAGGAGCCGGACAUGAACGACUCGCAGUCGCAGUCGCAAGAAGAUGUUCAAGGCGACGUCAUCGCCGUUCCAGACUCCCAGGCCGCCUCGCAAAACCUAUCAGCACCAAACAGCCCACUCAAGCGCAAGUCCCAAGAUUCCCAAAAAGAGAACCGACCACCCCCACACAUGCGCCGCACAACAGCAUCCGAGAGCCUCGCGCGCAAGCCUCUCACCGCCGACGACGUCAGAGACUCCAUCUCAGAGCUCAUCGAAGACACCCGCAUCGUAAUCCCAGACUCGCAGCUCUCGGACGCAGAAGACGACCACGAACCCGCCUUCGUCUCCGCAGCGCGCAAACCCAUCAUCGACCGCCUGACCCUAAGUCGGCAAUCCACAGUCGAAGAGUCUGUGAGCGCAGACACCAAUUUGGCCUUCCAUGCUCCAUCGCGCGGGGCUGCGACACCAGGGUUCCGUGUUCCGUCGCUCAUACGCCAGGCAACUAGUAAUCUGUCUGUCAGUAGCGAGCGGUCUGUGGGUAGCAGUGCGCCGAAGGAGAGUGGGGUGAGGAGAGGAGGUACGGGACGGAGCAACAUCCAUGCUCAGGCAAGGGAAGCGGAGCGGAGGGCGUUGCUAGAGAAGAAGGAGGGGAAGAGGAAGGAGGCGUUGAGGAAGAAGGUGGAGGGUGGGAGGAAGCAGGGGAUGAGGAGUGUGCUUAGUGAUCUUGGUGGUGGGUUUGAGUAG